GUUUUUUGGGUGUAUACAAGGUUCGAUCUUGGGUUCAAUUGUCCCAAGACUUUACCAAUCAACAAGAGCUAGUUUUGAAAAUGGUAUAAUGAUGGGAGUUUGGAUAGUCAAGAUUGAAAUAGAGUAGCAUAGGAAGAACAAUAGAGGAAGCAUAUUGUAAUUUGUCCUUCAAUAAUUAUUUUAAAUUUCCUGUCAUAUGUUCUUUAUUUCAUGUGGGCAGUAGUUAGAUUACCUGCCCACUUGGGUUUCAGCUCCAAGAAAUCUAAUACUAUAUUAUAUUAAACUCUUAUUAAAGAUUAGAUUAGAUGCUUGUACUCUCUUUCUGGGCUAGGAAUUUGAUGUGGGGUACCACUUUUUUCUUGACAAAAUAUCAUCUUUUUCCUUUCUUCCCCCUUUUAAAUCAGAAUCUAGUCAUUUGAAUUGAUGUGUAUUUAUUAAUACUUUGGAGAAAAUCUGGGUUUCAGAAGAAAAUUGAGCAUAAUUAGUGGAAAUUAAUCUACUAUGCUGUUGAAGAAGAUGUUCUAAAAUGUUUGAGUUACAUGUCUCAAUAGUAAAUUGCUUUCUGGAUUCUGGAGGUUCUUAAUUUGUGGAGAAGAGGUCAUUAUGCAAUGCCUGAUUGUUUAAGAUGAAUAUAUACCGAUUUCGUGUUCUGUUCAUCUACUUGUUGUUUGUGGUUUCGAAUGGCGCUGGUAAUGAUGCAGCAAGACCUGCUGUCAUCAAUGUUGGGGCGCUGUUUAACUUCAACUCUAGCAUUGGCAAAGUUGCUAAAAUUGCACUUCAGGAAGCUGUUAAUGAUGUCAACUCCGAUUCCAGUGUCCUACAUGGAACCAAGCUCAAUUUGAUAAUGAAGGAAUCCGUCUGCAGCGGGUUUUUGGGCUUUAUUCAAGCAAUGCAACUGAUGGCGAAAGAAGUCGUGGCAAUCAUAGGCCCUCAGUCUUCUGCAGUUGCUCAUAUGGUGACUUUGAUAGCUAAAGAACUUCAAACUCCUUUGCUGUCAUUUGCUGCUACUGAUGCAACUCUUACACCCUUAAACUCUCCCUUUUUUGUCAGAGCCACAAUUUGUGAUUAUUAUCAGAUGACAGCAAUUUCUGAAUUGGUUGAUUAUUAUGGGUGGAGGGAGGUUGUUGCUGUGUUCGAUGAUGAUGAUUAUGGAAGGAAUGGUAUCGCAGCUCUUGAUGAUGCUCUUGCUGACAAACUUGGCAGGAUCUCGUAUAAAGCUGCGAUUCCACCAACCACUAGUGUUACUCGGAGUGAUAUAAUGGACAUAUUCGUUAAGAUUGCAAUGCUUGAAUCUCGGGUUAUUAUCCUGCAUGUAAAUUCUCAUUCAGGCCGUAUAAUAUUCAACGUGGCCAGUUAUCUGGGGAUGAUAGGCAAUGGAUAUGCUUGGAUAUCCACUGAUUGGCUUUCUUCUCUUCUUGAUUCGUAUUCCCCCCUUCCUUCUGACAUGAUUAAUUCGAUGCAAGGAUUCCUUGUCAUGCGUGCUCACACACGAGAUUCUAAUAGAAAGAAAGCCUUUGCCUCAAGGUGGAAAAGUAUUACUGGUGGUUCUCCUGGAUUGAAUGCAUUUGCUCUAUAUGCUUAUGAUUCAGUUUCGAUCCUUGCACAUGCAAUUGAUGCAUAUUUAAAUCAAGGUGGAAAUGUCUCAUUUUCCAGUGAUACGAAAUUACACUCAUCAAAUAGCAGUGAACGUUUUCUUCAAGGAAUGCGCAAAUUUGAUGGAGGACCAGCAUUGUUGAGCAGUAUACUGAAGACCAAUAUCACGGGCUUGACAGGUCCAUUAAAGUUUAAUUCAGAAAGGUCUCUGGUUGACCCUGCAUAUGAUAUAAUCAAUGUAAUAGGAACUGGAUAUCGGGUAGUUGGCUAUUGGUCUAAUUAUUCAGGUUUAUCUACUACUUUACCAGAAAGUCUCUAUAGCAGACCGCCUAAUCGUUCAAGUGCAAAUCAACACCUACACCCUGUAUUUUGGCCAGAUGGGUCUACCACUCCACCUCGUGGCUGGGUCUUCCCAAAUAGUGGUACACAAUUGAAAAUCGGUGUUCCUCUUCGGGUUAGUUUCAAGGAGUUUGUUUCUCGGGUGCCUGGAACCAAUGAUAUGUUCAAGGGGUUUUGCAUUGAUGUAUUUCAAUCUGCUGUCAAUUUGCUACCAUAUCCUGUUCCAUACGAGUUUGUUUCCUUCGGGGAUGGUCAUAAAAACCCAAACUACACGGACCUAGUGAAUAUGAUAUUAGCUGGUAAAUUUGAUGCUGCAGUUGGUGAUAUUGCUAUUGUCACAAGCAGGACCAAAAUAGUUGAUUUUACGCAACCAUUUGUUUCAUCUGGCCUAGUGGUGGUGGCGCCUUUCAAGAAGCUAAAUUCAGGAGCUUGGGCUUUUCUAGAGCCAUUUUCACCGCUAAUGUGGGGUGUCAUUGUUCUCUCGUUCCUUACUGUUGGUGUGGUUGUGUGGAUUUUAGAGCACAGGAUAAACGAUGAGUUCAGAGGCUCUCCCACAAGGCAGUUCAUAACUAUUCUAUGGUUCAGUUUUUCAACAUUGACUUUUUCUCAUAAGGAGAAUACUAUUAGCUGCCUUGGUCGGAUGGUAGUAAUCAUAUGGCUCUUUGUGGUUCUGAUACUCACCUCAAGUUAUACUGCGAGCUUAACCUCAAUUCUUACAGUGCAACAAUUGUCAUCAGCUAUCAAGGGGAUUGACUCCUUGGUAGCUGGUAAUGAACGUAUAGGAUACCAGGCUGGAUCCUUUGCACAAAUGUACUUGACAGAGGAAUUGAAUAUAUCCAAAUCUAGGCUUGUUGAACUUACUUCACCUGAAGAAUACGCUGAAGCUCUACGAGUUGGUCGUAUUGAUGCUUUGGUUGAUGAACUUCCAUAUGUGGAGCUCUUCCUCUCGAGCCAGUGUGAUUAUAGAAUUGUAGGUCCAGAGUUCACAAGAAGCGGCUGGGGUUUUGCAUUUCCGCGGGAUUCUCCCCUAGCCCCCGACAUGUCCACUGCAAUUUUGAAGCUAUCUGAAAACGGGGAUCUGCAGCGAAUACAUGACAAGUGGUUGACAACAAGCAGCUGCAGCCAAGAUAACACAGAGAUCGAAUCGAGCCAACUCCACCUAAAAAGUUUCCUGGGUCUCUUUCUACUUUGUGGGAUAGCAUGUAUUGUUGCUCUUUGUAUAUACUUCACAAGAAUUUGUCGCCGUUUUCAUCAUGCUUCUAGAAACCAAGUAGUUUCAGAAUUUCAGGGUAGUAAUUCCAACUUGCAACGACUCAGAACUCUUAUAACCUUGAUCGACGAGAAAAAAGACCCGUCAAAGAAAAGGAAAAAGAGUCGGGAAAUAGAGGAUUCACCAUUUGAAGAUGAGAGGGGCGAAGAAUCUGAAAGGAGUGCCAAGAGAAAUCAAUCUCAGAUUUCUAGGGACGGCGACUCUGACUAAAUCUGUAACACUUGAAAUGUACAAAGUGUUUCUGAUGUAUACACACAUUAGAAGCAUUCUCUGAUACAUGUGUAGUUUUUUUUGGUGCAAAGCAAAUGAAGAAACCUCAUUAAAAAUUAAAGAUGAGUAAUUAUAGCGUAGGAAUAUAUGAUGAAAUUUUACCCA